AUGACAGCUUCUGAAGAAGUUGACAGGCGUAUGAGUACAUCCCAAGCGGGUAAGAGGAAGCUCGUGGGGAGAAAGGUACAUGUCAAUAAUCUCCCGGUGAAUGCUCGUAUCUCCGAUCUUUUUGAGAUUUUGGAACGUUACGGCGAUAUCAUUUCCUUUGAUAUUCGUGUCAUCAAACGGGCCGAUGUUGUCAGCAUCAAUUCUCAAGUGACUUUUAAGAAGCCGAUCAGCGCCCAUCUGGCUGUUCAGCAGUUGCAUGGAAGUGAUUUACAUGGUCAGCCUUUGGAAGUGUCGCUGUAUGUGCCUAAACACAUUAAAUCAAUGCAGAGUGCUGAUAACAGCAUUCCAGAAGGCACAGAGUCCAAUCACACGAACGAUUUGUCUGCGAUGCGUUCGUCGGACAAUGCAAGCGCGCCUUCGACCCAGGCUUCAGCUACCGAGGAAGCAAUUUCACCAACUAAGACCUCGGUUACAGCUCAGGAACACUCGGUGAGCGGUGCUGCCCAGCCAUCCCCUCGCUCUGAAAAAGCCAAAACUUCUAUUAAGGGCAUUCCAAGCAAUACGCUUUUACCUUCGCUCUCGCGUGGUUUUGCCUUCGCUGAUUUUUCAUCGCAUGAAAACCAGCAAAAAGCAAUGCUCGAAAAAAAUGGAGUUGAACUCCAUGGCCGCAGCAUUAGCAUCACAGUGGCCUUGCAGUCUCCCACGAAGGAAGAGAACACGCAUGUCUCUAACGCAGGUGCCCACGAAUAA